AUAGCGAACUUUUUGAUGGAAUCAGCUAACAAAUGAGAGGAGAAGGCGUAAUUUUGCGCAGGGAGCCCCCCUUUCUCUUUGCAAGAUUAAAACCCCCCAGGCAGCGAACAGAGCUAAACUUGUGGGUGUGUGGAAAGGAAUUUCACUUUAUCGUGAUCGUGCGAGAGAUUUUUGUUUGUUUGUUUAUUUGGGGGGUUGCUUUUGUGUGUCGUUGCCCGUUCCCCCCUCCCCCCCCCCUCCCCCCCAUACGUGACAUCCUCCCUCCCUGUCUUCCCAGCCAGGGGCAGGAACUGACCCGGAUUAGCACCGACUUUAACUCCAAACUGGAAAUACGCAGAAGAAAGGAAUCGCUAAAGAUUGGCCGUCUCUGCAAACAGAAGCUUAAGUGGCCAGCUCUACCAUCAUCUCAUCCGAUGGUAGGUUGGAAAACAUUGCCUUGCCCUGCAGUUUGUAUUGCCCAGACAGUUUUGACUAGCUGCUUCCAGGGAAAAGAGAGAAACCCAAAUGACCCAAAUGAAGGUUUCUCUAUAGAGGAUUUCUGUGGAGUUAUCAAGCUAAACUGCUUUUGCCAUCUGAUAGUUCAUCCUGGCAACACUGUUAGUUGAAAGCCACAGAAGUCGUUGUGUACAGCAUUUUAGUCUUCAGCUCAUUAAGAUACAGAUUUGAAUUGGAAACUUUGAUCUCAUUUGUGCAAACUGGAAACCAGUUAAAUCAGAAUUCAUAUGAGUGUGCAUCAAAUGACCUUGGGGAAAAAUAAUGUGAUUUUCUGCACCUUGCUUUCAUCUUCUGCAAAAUGGGAUACGAUACAGUCCUCCGCUGCUGAAGUGCUGUUGAAACCCACUGCCAGGAAGACUGUGCAAAAGAGAGUAUAGCCUGGUUUUUAUUAUGAGAGGAGAACCCGUGGUAAGCAUUAAAACUGGAGAGUUUGGACUACUUUCUGAAACCUCAUUUUAACUUUUGGAUCUUACAUAGUACCCUAAUACUUGCCCAAUCUCCUAAUUGCAACUGUCUUUUAAUACCCAACCAUAACAAAUGCAAAAAUAUACUGUGCAUCUGGCAUUUAUUAUUUUAGUAAAAAAGUCAUGAGAACAACACAGAAGAGUCUGGUUUUAACACCAUUUCAAGGUCAAGAAGUAUACAAUCAUUUCAAGUGGGAAAUUAUUAAUGACAAAUAACAAAAUUGAGCUUUUAACUUACUUCCAUAGAAAGGGAAGUUCUCUUAUGUUUUAAAAGAUGUUCUCCAUGAUACAGUACAUUGAUUCAGCUGGUCUGACACAGGAAAAAAUUCCUUUUCU